AUGGACAGAGCCCAUACCGCCUGUUCCGGGCGCUUAGACGCGGCAUGUUUCUGGCAAAUCUGGCAAUGUUUUGACAAGAAUGAAAAAGGUUACAUAGAAGACAAGGAGCUUGAUGUUUUCUUUCAUCACAUGUUGACGAAACUGGGUACUGAUGAUGCCAUCAUGGAAGAAAAUCUACAGAAAGUAAAACAGCAGUUUAUGACUACCCAUGAUGUCUCUAAAGAUGGUCUUAUACAGAUGAAAGAGCUUGCCAGCAUGUUCUUAUCUGAGGAUGAAACAUUUCUUCUGCUCUUUCGCCGGGAAACUCCCUUGGACAGCAGCGUGGAGUUUAUGCAGAUUUGGCGCAAAUAUGAUGCCGACAGCAGUGGCUUUAUAUCAGCUGCUGAGCUUCGAAGCUUCCUCAGAGACCUCUUCCUGCAUCACAGAAAGCCCAUUUCAGAGGCUAAGUUGGAUGAAUACACUGGCACUAUGAUGAAGAUCUUUGACAAAAAUAAAGAUGGUCGGUUGGAUCUUAAUGACUUGGCAAGGAUUCUGGCUCUUCAGGAAAACUUCCUUCUCCAAUUUAAAAUGGAUGCAUGUUCCACUGAAGAAAGAAAAAGGGAUUUUGAGAAAAUCUUUGCCCACUAUGAUGUUAGUAAAACUGGAGCCCUAGAAGGCCCAGAGGUGGACGGGUUUGUCAAAGACAUGAUGGAACUUGUCAAGCCUAGCAUCAGCGGGGUGGACCUUGAUAAGUUCCGGGAGAUCCUUUUGCGUCACUGUGAUGUGAAUAAGGAUGGAAAAAUUCAGAAGUCUGAGCUGGCUUUGUGUCUUGGGCUAAAAAUCAGCCCAUAGUUUCCAGAUGGCUUUGUCUUUUGCUCUUGUCAUAUUCCUCUGCUUCUGCUGGUAGAACUGUAGCUGUGCUCUUGAAAAUGCAGUAGGCAGACAUUCUAACAAAAUGGUGUGGUAUCCAUG